AUGGACCUUCUAGAGGCCGAGGAGAAGCAGGCUCUGAACCAGGCACACGGCAUCCAGGUCCAUCUGGAAAACCGGCUUUUGGACCUCAGGAAAACCCAGGUCCAGGUCCAGAGGAUCAGCAGGACCAAGAACAGCCUGGACUUCCUGCAGGAAUACUGUGAGUGGAGGCAGCAGGCCCUGGACACGUCUCUCCCCAGUGUCUGCAUUGAGCUCAAAGAUACUUCAAAGUUUUUUGCAAAAAUUAUCACAGAAUCAACGGAGAAACUGUGUGUUGCCAUGACAACGGAGUUUACAGAUCGGCUCCAUAAGGCCUGCACCCAUGAACCUGCUUUAGGCAUAAAGACCACAGUCCAGAAGAUCAACGCAGCACAACGCAACAAGAGGCUUCCAGACCCACAGACCAGGAAGGACCUACUGAAGUAUGGGAAGCAGCUGUCAUUUGAUGGUACCUCUUCUCAUAAGUUCCUGCGUCUGACGGAGGAAGGUCGUAAGGUGACGAACACUACGCCCUGGCAGCACCCGUACCCCGACCACGACCUGCGCUUCGACCACUGGCGGCAGGUUCUGUGCACCGAGUCCGUCUACCUGGACCGGGUCUACUACGAACUGGACUUCAACGGAGAUGGGACCCACCUGGGACUGGCCUACAAGAGCCUGCCCCGCAAAGGAGCUGAGGCCGAGGGCUGCCUCUGCUCCAACAAUGGGUCCUGGUGUCUUCAGUGGACCGGUAAGUCCUUCUCUGCGUGGCACGAUGAUGAGGAGGUGAUCCUGCCGGUGACCCCCGGGCCGCGGUUCUCCCGGAUGGGCGUGUACGUGGACCACACAGGGGGGCUGCUGCGCUUCUACGGCCUGCGCCCUUCCCCCGUGGACGAUGACGCACAGAUCUGCCUUGUACAUGAGUUCACGGCUCAGUUCCGGGAGCCGCUUUAUCCUGCCUUCUUCCUGCCCAAGAAGGAGAACGCGGUGAUGCUGGUGCCACCAGGAGAACCGGUGAAGAGCCCCACCCCGCCUACCUCCUCCAACAAUAACGAGAAUGCUAACAACAACAAUGGGAAUGCUAACAACAACAAUGAGAAAACUACCUCACCUCUGAACGGUGAUUCUAAAACUGUAACUAGUGAAACUGCUCAAAAUGUCAACGCUAAAAAUGCUAAAAGUGAGGUGGCUGAAGAGGCAAAAGCUAAUAGCGACGGCAAUGCUAACAAAUGGAAUGCUAACCCUACUGAAAACAGGGAUUCAAAUACACCAACGAAAGAAACUGCUCCAAAUGCUAACGCUAAUAACAGCAGCAAUGCUAAAAGCGACAUAGCAGAUAUUGGGUAA